AUGACUGCAAAUCCAGCAGAAGUUAUUUCAAGUGCUCAGAAAUCUACCUCACAGCUUCUGUUUUUUGACACAUUAACAGCAAGUAAUUUUAGUAGCGACGAACUUCCAACAGAAUGCAUUAGAUUUCACCAACGUGUCGUUUUGUCUGAGAUAAGGGUAGUUCCAAAACAUUUUCGUCCGUUUAAAGGCAGUCGUAAAAAUGAUCAUGUAGGACAGACUUCCCCUAAUAAAUUUGACCUAAAUCUUCUUAUUCAUAAAACUCUUACUGCCGAUUCAGCUAAACCACCAGAAAAGCGACCACCAACUUUACCUUUACACCCCUUAACAAUUUCUUUCGACGAAAAGAAAGGAUUCCUUAGCUAUGAUGUCACUCUAUUGCCUGAAGCCACUACGCGUUUUAUAAUACUUCGUGGAAAUUACCAACAUGUGACAUUAUGUAUUUAUGGAAGAGUCAUGGAAAGUAGCAAGCCUCAAAAUAUAAAAUCUAAGGAUAAAAUAGGUGCAUCUACAAUUUGCAAAAAAUCAUCAUCAACGUCAAUCAUGGGUAAUAAUAUAGAGAUAAAAGUUGAAGAAAAUUCACUUGGAAAUAUAUCUAUUAAAAAAGAUGAUGAUAGAAUUGAUGAAAUGGACUCUACCGAACCUCUAGAGACUUUUAAUCAUGAUGUUAUAAUGGACGGUGUUCAGGAAGAACAAAAUACUCCCGUAACAGACUCUUCAUCGGUUCAAAUUCUUGACGAGUUAAAAGCUACUGAAGGACAAUUUGUAACAACAAUGGAAGAAGAUGCAUUCUAUUUAGAUGAUGGACAUAGAGAUACUAACUCUGAUGCUGAUAAGAUAAGUACAUUGUUGAACAAAGAUCGUGCUGGAGCUUUCAGAAUAUUGUCUCCUGCGAAUGCGGUUGACUUUUCUGUUUGGAAUUUGGAUGAAAAAUUAAAUAAAGAUAUACUUGUGUAUCAUACAUCACCGGAUGAACCACCUUUAUCACGAGCUUCUAAGCCAAUAUUCAAAAAAGCUUGGGAUGAACUUAACAUUUAUGAGAAACAAAUUCAUUCGUUCUUGUCUAUGAUGGAUAUUGAAAAUAAGAUGGAUAUUAACUCUUAUACUGAAGGAACUUCAAUUCCAUUUGAAGAAUUGCUCCAUCAACUCAGCAAUGUAAUUGUGGAAGGAUUUCUCUGGGCAAAGUGCAAUAUGAUUCAAUAUGAAGACGAAUUGAAUACAGUAUAUAAAGGUGUACUGUUCGCUCUUGAUAUGACAACAGGAAAGUCUACCGUGAAAUUAUUUGAAAAUGGCCUAACGUUGUUCUGCAAACUGUGUUCAUGUGGUGAAGAGAUAAUUAAUUCUUCAAUGAUCCAGACCUGCCUAAACCUGAUGGUAUCUCUUCUAAAAGAACAGUUUGUGUCGUCAACUUUGCAAAUUAUUAUACUGCGCGGAUUAUUGGAGUGCAUAGGAGAACCGCGAGUUGCUGAAGAAUUCUUGCGUUAUAGUAAUAAUGAGGAUAAUACAGGAAAUACAUUAUACAAAACUUUUAUUUUACCUAUGUUACAAAUCAAAAAUCUGCCUUUGCGCAUUUUACAUUUACUACAAGCUAUCGUACACAAAGUUGCUAUUUAUGAAGCCUGUACAGAUCUUCAACAGUUAGCGGAAGAAAAAUUACAACCUGGAAUGAAAAUGAAGAAAAAAGAAGAAUCAUCGAUUAAUUUCGACAAUCAAAAAAUAUAUAGUAUUUCGAAUUCAAAUAACAAUGUACAGAAACUAGAGGAUGUUGAAUUUAUCAUCGAUCGAGUGUGCAAUUGCUUACAUAUCGUUUCUAAAGCAGCUUUAUAUUAUAUGGCUUUACAUUCAGGGGAAGAUUCCAAUCAAAAUUACCCACCCAUCUUUUCUUUUAAAUAUCUCACUUCUUGUCACUUUUUUCCAGCCAUUACAAUUAUUAUGUCAUCGCACCGAGUGCGUUCGUGUUCGAGAUUUCAUGAAAUUGUGAAUUCUAUCGGUCGAUUAUGCGUUAUUUUAAUGGGUGCUCCGAUUAGCAUGCUUUAUCUGGUCAAACAAUUACAACAACCUAAUGAAUUAUUUGGUGACUGUUUAUUAAUUAUAUGGUCAACAAUUUUACGUCAACAUGAUGGCAUUUCAAUAGAAGAUUCUUCAGAACCCUUUUCAAAUUCUUAUCCGAUAACAGAUAUAAAUGAAUUAAGACGAACACCAGGUAUUGGGGAUAUAUGGUUUGGUUUUGGUCAAUCUACAACAGAUUAUGAGGAUUCUGUCUUGAAAAAGGCACGGCGGAUUUUGAGUAUGCAAAGCUGUGGUGCUAUUGGUGCAGAGACAGGUUCUUUGGAUAAUUGUAUUAUUCCAUCCGAUCAAUUAGUAAUAUUAUUGACAUAUCAGCUACAUGCUGUCGCUAUUAUUGAAAGGUUAUUGGAAUAUGGAAAAAGUGACAACCAUACUUACGUAGAAUAUGCCAAAAUAUCGAAAUUAUUGAAUGAUUUAUUUGAAUUGACCACAUUUAACGUUGGAAAGCAGGCCGUAGCAUCUGCAGUUAUUUAUCUCGAUGCUCUAUCGACCAUUUUAUCUCUUGCGAGUUUUAGUCCUGCACAAGAAUUUGUAUCGGCUUCCGUUUCAAGUACUGACUCUAAUGCUCUAGGACGUAUUCCUUUGGAACUUUUGGAAAUUAUUAUAAAGUUCUCUUCGUCAUUUCCAUUUUUAUUAACACCACAAAUCCAUGAACUUGUGAAUCCUUUUAUUUCUUCCGAAAGUCACUUACGUUCAUUAUGGGAUCCAAUUGCUGCCUUUCACGAAACUGGAAACAUUCAAGGAGUUAUCGAUGUUAUUAAACAUCAAAAAGAUUAUCCUGAAUGUUUAAGAGAUCAUAAUUCUGUUAAUCAAAUACUUGUUUCUCUUAGGCUUUUAAUGUCAUAUACAUAUAAUGAAAGUGGUAUUCUGCAUAUUUUGAAAGCUCGGAUGGAUGACUUUAGUGGUUUUGAUAAUGGUGACAGUUUUUUGGUUUUCUUAUUAAGGCUUUUAAAUCACGCUGCCGAAGUUCUAUCCGAUUUGAGCGAUUUUGUUGUUUAUGCAGAUGCAGAACAUCAAUCUACAUCAGAAUACACUUAUACAUCAGAUGGCUUAAAUUCUGAAAAUCAUGACGAAUCCAAAUUUCAAGAAAUGUCAAAAUCCAAUGGAAGUAUAUCUGAAAAUAGAAAUGAUCAUUCAAAUAAUAAUGCACCUACUUUUAUACAGUCUAUCGAGGUCUUUGAACUUCGAAGAGAAUUACUUGAUCUAGUUUGGUAUAAUUUAAUAUUAAUACGUAGACUUCUUCGAUCGGUUUAUGGAGACCCUGAAGGAAGUGCAGCUAAAAGACAUUUCAGAGAUAUAUAUGGUGAAAAUGAAUCACCAGAUGACCCUUCACCAUCUCAAAAAAAAUCGAUGGUUCGAAUUUGUGUUGAGCCAUGGCUCAUGCUUGUGUCUGCUUUAGAUCAUUUAGACGGACGUUUAAGUGACCAACUCGGAGCUACUUCAUUAAUAAGUAGUGAUCAACCAUUGAAAAAUGGACAAUCUGCACAGAUUGCACGCAUUCGUGGUCUUAUUUUAGGUUUAUUUGGUUUAUUAACUCAGAUUGUUAUUGAAGAAAAACCUAUACAACGUGAGGAAGUGCGAGGCAUAAAUUAUAGAGCUCGUUUUUUCUCUGAUUUUACUGGUCGUCAUGUGGUUAGGCAAUUAGUUGAUUUUAUAUUUGAUGGACCCAAUAAUUUCCUUAGCGGAUUGCAUAUUUUAAGUGAGAUAUUACCAACACCAUUGCUUUCUCAACGUUUCAUUAGAAAUUCACAUUGUUCUGCGGAUAAUUCUAUAGAAGGAAAAUUAGGAAAAUUAGAAAGUGAUGAUUUUACUAUUAAUUGGCAGCAAAGUCAACAGGAGGCACGUAUCUUACGAGAUUAUUGGAUUAAGCAAUUACUUCCUUUACGCGAUGAUUUAAUUUACCUCACCAAAAGUAUAGCUCCUUCGAGUUCGAAAAUAUUGCAUAUGAUGCUUCGUACUGUCAUAUGUCAAUUGGUUGAUUUAGAUUUCUUGGAUAUUGGUAUAGGAAAGGGAAUAGUAGCUGUUAUUGUCAAAGGCGUAAGAGAAUCUUUUGAGCAAUUCAAAUCGCUUAUUGAAAAGUCAGAAAAGCGGAACGUCAGUAUUAAUAUUGCUAUUGAUGACUUGAAAGGGGAAGAAUCUGAAAUGACGAAUGAUGAUAUGACCAUCUCUUCAGACAUUCAUAUUAAAUUAGCAAUAUUUGGACGAUGGAUGAGCCUUUUGACGUCCUUAUGUGGGACCUCAUCCGGAAGGUCAUUACUUCUUGAUUCUGUAAACAAUAAUUUAUUAGAAUGGGCAAAGCAGGACAAAAAUGAUCGAAUUCAAAUUCGUUCACUUUUAAUUCUACAGAAAAUCGCAGAAACAGAAAUAGGUGCUUUAUUUAUUCUUUCAAAAAAAGGUUACCUUCAGUUAAUUAGCAAUAUGAUGGCUUGGGUUCCUGAUUUGCUUCGAUCACAAGAUUUACGAGUACAAGACCUUACUAUUGCGUACCGUUCUAUCAUCUUUAUUCUUACAAUAAUAAGAUUUGUUUUUCCUGAACAAUUGCGAGACGAAUUCCCCUUUUUAAAAGAUAAUUUGGGGACUUUACCUGUAUUAUUUGACUCAUAUAAAGAUGCUGAAAUAAUUCUCAAGUUGUAUGAAAGUAUUGAGCAGCAUAUUAUUGAACUUCCAUAUGAAUCCCAUAAUAUAGAUGAAGAGAUGGUGUAUGAUCAUUUAUGUCAGUCUGUAGUUAAUGUUAUCAAAAGAUUUAAAGAUAAUAUACUUGUCUAUAUUCGAGAGAUUAAUGAAAAUGAAGUGAUGUUAAACAUUGAUGAAAAUUUAAAAAAAUUUAAUAUCAGGAUUUCCGAAGUUAUCAAUGAGCUCAAUAGUUAUAAUAUUUCCAUAAGGAAAGAAGUUGGAUCCAUAAGCAUUGGUGUAGUUAUCGAUGAUUAUCCGGAUUUCCCAUUUUAUGAUAUUGUAGAUGAUUUUGGCGUUGGCGGAUUAUUUAGCUCUCCUGAUAUAGAAAUAGAUUUUGAAGUUUUCGCCAAAGAGAUGUUGCCAAAUUUCCAAUUUCACAAAAAAAUGAAAAUUUCUGGUGAUAGCGCAGCAAAAGGGAGAAAAUUGCUAAAAACCCGCACUUUGAGUAAGCUUGGUGGUAUUGCAUACGAAAGCAAUGCUCGAAGGAAUUUGGGUGGGGGUAAGACUUAUCAAAAAAAUGAGUUUCGAAGCAUCCAUAAUAACAGAAAAGCCAAUACCAGCCGCCCUCCUUCGGUUCACGUUGAUGAUUUUAUGUCUGGGAAGAUUCCAGUCAAUCAACAACAUCCUGACAUGUUGUCUACAACGACCGCAACAACAAUUCCAACUAUUCCAACUACAGUAGCUAUUCAACAAAAGAAAACAAAUGCCACGAAUCGUGCCCAACCUCAGAAUAAACGAGGUGGAAUAAUUACUGCUACCCCUAACACUCAAUUGACUACUAAUAAUAGAGGACGAGGUAGAAGACCCAGUACAGGUUCGACAUCGGUACAGCGAGGUGUUUCGCGUGGUGCUAGUAAUAGUGGGCGAGGCGUAGGUGUAGGUAGAGGUAGUAAUACAACUGCAGGUAUUGUUGGUGGUUGGGAUAUGGGAAGUGGUACUUGGACUCCAUCCAUACCAUUAAUAAUGGGACCACCAAUGAAUAAAUAUAUGGAAUUUGAAAGACGGAUUGAAGGUCAACGUGAUUAUACUCGAUAUGAAGGUCAAACGAUGCGUACUGGAUAUUAUGAUAACCAAUAUUAUAGCAUGCCUUCUCCAAUGACUCCGUAUGAUCGUCCUCCAGUACAGCAAUCAGCUCCUGGAAUGGGUCCUCGGAUUAAAAAUGGAAGUGAACCCAGACGAACUGUUCCACAGGAAUGGGCACCGCGUUCCAUGACUUCUCAGCCUACAAGAAGGCCGGAAAGACCAUUUGGUAGAAGAUGA